AUGUUCCCAUCUUCCACUCAUCUUCUCACUCUUCCUCUUUUUUUCGGGACAGUGCUAUCUGCCCAACUGUGCCCGCGCGUCCCAGGCAUCCAAACAUAUGCAACAACCCCCAAAACCGGCCCAGUGGAGGGUCGUUUCAUUUCCUGCGACAACGCCUUCGACAGUCCCAAGGUGCAAGCUGUGAAUGCCUCCACAUAUGACUGGUGGUAUUUUGACGCGAUCGGGACCGACGGUGUGUCCUCUCUGGCCGUCGUUUUCUUCCUUGAGGCGAACAAGUCCGGCUUCGCCGUGACUGAGAACUUCACGAACUUGGACUUUGUGCAAAUCUCGGGCACCUUCCCCAACGGUACCGGCUUCAGCGAAUUUCUGUUCGCAGACUCUGCCGUUGUGUCCACCAUGGGUGACGGGUCCAGUGGGCUGUGGCACGGCACAGGUGUUUCCUGGGCUGGGACUCCGGACUUGUCAGAUUACUUCUUGACAAUUGAUGCGAGCCAUUUGGGAUUCGAGGGCACUUUCUCGAUGCACUCGGUCGCCCCACCCCAUUACCCCUGCAGCCCUAAGCGCGCAAACCAGGCCCUGGAGGUCCUCCCCGGUGUGGGAUGGGCCAACGCCAUCCCUGAUGCCGACGUAACAGUCAACAUGACCAUCCAGGGCUCAACUUUGAACUUUAUCGGAACCGGAUAUCACGAUAAGAACUGGGGUGUAAUCCCCUUCACCGACGCAGUAGGUAGCUGGUACUGGGGCCACGCGCGCAUGGGCCCGUACUCUCUUGUCUGGCUCGACUCGCUCACCCCCCAUAAAACCGAAUACGCCAGUGGGUACGUGGCCUACCAGGGACAGAUUCUGCACGCUGAGUGUGGCAAGAUGAAGGUCCGGCCCACGGGUGCGAAUGCGGCCUUCCCGCCGACGUCGGACUCAGGGCUGCCCGACGGGUUCUGGAUUGAGGUUGAUCUGGGUGAUUUGGGGGCUCUGGAGGCGGAACUCUCGUCGAAUUUGGCUACAUUAUCGAAGCCGGGGUAUGGACGGUGGGUUGGAACGGUGAAUGGGAGCGUUGGUGAGGUUGCUUAUGACGGUGUUUCAGGAUAUGAGAUGUUUAAUUUCUUUUGA